AUGGAUCUCGAAAUGUUUUAUCAUAUUUUUGAUAAAAAAUUCAUUUUUUCAAUUCAAGGAAACUUUACGUAAAAAAAUAAUUCUAAAUAGUCAACCUAAUGCUGGUUGGAUUCUUAGACUGUUUUCACUUACAUCUGGUUACUGCCCUGCUAAUUGUAUUCUGUGUAAUUAAAGAUUUAAAUGCCAAACUUGUGCAAAUGGCUUCUUCAAACUUGCAGAUGCCACUUGUUAAUGGGGUUGUCCCUAAGAGAGAAUAAAUAAUGGAUAUAAUUGUAUUUAAUAUGACUAAGUUACUAAAUGUAAUUUAAAAUGUCUAUUUAUUUUAGAUUCUAAAUUUUUGAUUAGAGAGUUUUAUGAUUUGACAGUAAAAGAUACUUUGAACGCAACUUUUAUUUUAGAAUCAAGUUCUACAAUUGAUUUUUAAAAAGGAUCAGAUAUUUUCUGGUCUUAUCUUACUAAUAAAAUUAUAUUUGGAGGAAAAUUUGUAUGGGCCUAAUCAAGAUUUUCUUAAAUAUAUACUUUAGAUCCACAUCAUUCAUUGACAAUUUAUUUUUAAGUAAUUUUUGGUCCUAAUUUUCCAAAUUCAAUUAGUAAUUAUUUGUCUUAUGAAAUAAACAAUGGUACAAUAAAUAAAAUAACUAAAACAUCAUCAUUAAAUAUUGUUGAAUAAAUCUUAACAUAUAAUCCAACUUUAACAAUUGCAAUAUAAUGUUAUGGGAUUAAUGUUAUAGAUUCUUAUUGUGGAAUAUCAAAUUAUUAUAUUGUUGUUCAUUAUUGUAAACCAUAUUGUUAUAGAUGUUCAAAUGAAUUAACUUGUGAUCAAUGGAUGCCUUAUGAUCCAAAUAUUAUAAAAGUUGAAUAAUCUUAAUGUUAAUCAAAUUAAUUUUUAGAUGAAACAACUUCAACUUGUGAAUAUUGUCCAAAUGAGUGUUUAACAUGUUUUAAUGAAUAUGAAUGUUUAACAUGCAAAUCUAAUUAUAAAUUAGUUAUUACAACUUGUAUUUUAGAUUGUUAACUUAACUAAUAUUAUGAUGGUGUUAAUUGUUUAGAUUGCAAUUAUAGUUGUAGAUAAUGUUAAUCAAUUAAUUACUGUAUUCACUGUGAAUCUACUUCUUUAAGAUAUUUAUAAGAUGGAUAAUGUUUAUGUUAUGAUGGUUAUUAUGACUAAAUUAAUAUCUAAUAAUGUCAACCUUGUGAUAAAUUAUGUGCAAAAUGCAAUGGACCUACUAAUAAAAAUUGUUAAUCAUGUAUUAUUUUAAAUAAUUUAAUAAAAACUGGAAAUACUUGUGAAUGUAGUAUUGGAUAUUAUUUUGAUGAAUUUAAAUUAAAAUGUCUAAAAUGUUCAGAUAAAUGUGAAACAUGUUUUAAUUUUUCAAAUACAUCAUGUUUAUCUUGUUAUUCAAUUUAAUUUAGAAUAAUAGAUGGAUUGAAUUGUAAAUGCUAAAAUGGAUAUUAUGAUGAUAAUUCUGAUAUUUGUAUAUAAUGUCCAUUUUUGGAAGAUUCAUUAUUAUAAUAAUGUUAUAAGAUUUGUGGAGAUAAUUCAAUAAUAUGGUUUAAUUCAAAUUGUCCAUUUGUUAUUUGUGGAAAUGGAUAUAAUAAUGUAAAUAAUCAAUGUUUACCAAUAUGUGGUGAUUUAAUAAUUGUAGCAGAAGAAGAUUGUGAUGAUGGUAAUUCUAUUUAAUUUGAUGGAUGUCAUAAUUGUAGAUUUUAAUGUCCUGCUUAAUGUACAACUUGUAAUUCUAUAACAUAAUUUCCAUGUUCUGAUGUUUGUGGAGAUGGAAUUGUAAGUGGAUUAGAAGAAUGUGAUGAUUCUCAUCCAAUUUAAUUAGAUUCAUGUUAUUAAUGUAAAUUUUAAUGUUAACCAUAAUGUACAAGAUGUAACAGAGGAGUUUGCUAAAAUUGUCUAAAUUUUGGUUGGGUAUUAGAACCUUAUACUAGGCGAUGUAUUGAAACUUGUGGAGACAGUUAUUAAGUUGGAAAUGAACAAUGCGAAGAAAUGAACACUCGUAUGCUUGAUGGAUGCUAUAAUUGUUAAUAAUCAUGUUAAAAGUCAUGCUUAACAUGUACAAUUAAUGGCUGCAAUCAAUGUGAAGUUGGUUAUUAACUUAUCAAUCGAUAUUGUAGGAAUAUUUGUGGAGAUUCUCUAGUUGUUGAUGGAGAAGAUUGUGAUGAUGGCAAUUUAUAUCCAUUUGAUACUUGUCAUUAAUGUGUUUAUUAAUGUUAAAGCGAAUGUUUGAAUUGUCAAUAGGGGAGUUGUUUAUUUUGCAUUGAUGGAUUUAUAGCAUUUGAUGGUGAAUGUGUAGAAAUUUAAAAAAUCCCAAUUAUUCCCUCUAAUGAAUAUUAUUAACAUGAUCUUAUUGAAUUUUGCAAAAUAAAAGUUAAUGGGAUCUGCUAUGAAUGUCAAAAAAAUUAUAAAUUAAAUAAUCUUUAUAAUACUUGUGAAUUAGAGGAGAGAAAAGAGAUUAUUAAAAUUGAAAGUUUUGAGGUUUUACCUUAAUUUAUUUAAUAUUGUUAAUUUUAGUUAAAUAAUUUGUGCAUUAUUUGUUAUAAAAAUUUUGGACUAGAUAUUUUUACUAACUUGUGCGAACCUAUAUGUGGAGAUGGAAUUCUCACAGGAAUAGAAGAGUGCGAAGAUAACAAUCAUUAAAUUCUUGAUGGAUGUUAUGAAUGUAUGCACUAAUGUAAUGAAUACUGUGAGAUCUGUGAAUUUGGAAAAUGCAUCCUAUGUCAUUUAAAUACUAUUUAUGUUCCAGCCAUUUUUUAAUGUGAAAUAUUAUAAUAAUGCACAUAACCUGGAAGUUAUUACAAUGAAGAGAUUAAUAAAUGCUACAGUAUUUGUGGUGAUGGUUUUAUAUAUUAAAAAGAAUAGUGUGAUGAUGGCAACGAUAUUAAAUUUGAUGGAUGUCAUAAUUGUUAAUAUUCUUGUGCACCUGGUUAUACAGUUAUAAAUGGAGAAUGUAUUAAAGAACAAAUAGAUUGUAAAGAAGGAUUGUAUUACUCUUUUACUAGUUUAUCUUGUAAACCAUAGUGUGGAGAUGGAGUAGUGAUUUAGCCAUAUGAAGAAUGCGAUGAUGGCAAUGAAGUUAUAAAUGAUGAAUGUCAUUCGUGCAAAUUAUAAUGCAGUAUUCAUUGUCAAGAAUGUUCAAUUUAAAAUUUGUGUCUUAAAUGUAAGGAAGGUUAUGAAUUAAUUGAUUUUAAGUGUGAAAACUUAAAUAAUUCAUUGUGCUACACAAAUAAUUGUAAACUUUGCGAGAAUUAUGAAUGUUUUACUUGCAUUAAUGGAUAUUAUCUAUAUGAUAAUGAAUGCAUUCCUGAAUGUGGGGAUGGUAUUCUAGCUAAUUUAGAAGAAUGUGAUGACGGUAAUCUAAUAAAUGGGGAUGGUUGUGAUGAUAAUUGCAUUAUAUCUGAAAAUGCUUUAUGUAGAAAUAAUGAAUGUGCUGUUCUUAGAUAUCCGUAACCUAUUUUAGAAUUUGAUAAAGAAAUUCUAGGUGUUUAAUAUGUCAAUCUUAGAUAUAGUUCAAAAAUGAGAUUAUUAGAUGGAGUAACUUAAAAGGAAUAUUUAGAUAAUUUAUUUUUUGAAAUAUAAGAUUAACCUGAAAUAGCAUUAUUUUAAAUUAUUGUUAAAUAAAAAAUUACGAUGCAACUUUAGUUUAUUGAUAUUUAAGUAUCAGUAAAAUUUUUAGAAUUUGUAAAAAAUCCAUUUAUUUAAUUAAAAUUCUUAGAAAAAAAUAAUUUGGUGGAUGAAUACGGAGCUGGUAUUUUAGAAGACUCAAUAAAAAUUAAACUUAGAUCAUCAAAUGUUUUAGAUAUUCAAUCAUAAAAAAUUUCUGAUUCUUUGACAGGAAUUAAUGAUUACAUGAUGAAAUUUUUAAUUAUACUUAUGAUCAUAGCAACUAUUUCAGGAUAAAGUGAAAUUAUUUCCAAUUUGUUGGAUAUCAUUUAAUAGCUCUAUUAUUUAAAAUACAUUAAUUCUAGAAUUGGUGUUAAUCUUGAAAAAUUCUUUGACAUAUUUGCAAUUAUUUAGUUAAACGAUAUAUUUGAUCUUUUGAAUGAUCAAACAAAUCUUUUCUCUUUUUAUCAUUCUGAACCAAUUUUUGAAACAGAUGAUAGGAAUGCAAAUUAUCUAGUUAAUAUUGUUUCAUUAUUACAAGUUUAUUUUAAUUAUAUCUCUCACUCUUUUUGUUAAAAGUUGUCACUUCUUGUCUACUAAAAAAAUUGUCGUAAUUGAAGGUUAUUAGUGAAAGAAAGAUAAUCUUACUUUUUGUAAGAGAAUUACAGAUCUUUUGUUUUAGAAUAUAAAAAAAAAGAAUAACUGAAUCAAUUAAAGAUAUAUUCUUUGCUCUGAUUUAUGAAUUUGGUAUCAAUACAUUCUUAGCCUUGAAAUACUAAAGAUCCGAUUUUGAGGGCCAAUUAGGAGUUUCACUUGCUAUAACAAUAUUUUAUGUAGUUAUUAUGAUUCUUCUAAUCAAAUAAACUCAUUUUAAUAUUCCAAUAAUAAAGAAAAUUUAGUUGUCAUAAUUAGAAAGUAACAAUUUCACUUAUCAAUGCACUCAAAAAAUAUUAUUUGUCCUAUUUCUAAUUUUUUUCUUUGAAAGCUCAGAAAUUCAAAUUUUACUAUCAAUGAUGAAUCAAUUCUAAUUUACUUAUUUUAUUUAUCGACAAAAAUAUAAAAUGAUAACUCUUGAUUUUAUUAAGAUGAUCAUCUCAAAUUCAGUAUUAUUAUUAAUUUUUGUAAUGUACUUAGUUAACGAUUUUUAUCAAGAUGAGAUAGAGAAUUUAAUGAUCAUAGGAUGGAUUAUAAUAAGUUUUAUGAGUACUAUAAUUUUUAUAACAUUUUUGGUUGAUUUAAUAAAAGUGCUGCAUCCUAUCUGGUAAAGGUGUUAAAUCAAAUUUUAAACUCAAAAACAAAACGAAAAUUUUUAUAUAGUCGAAAACCCUUAAAUUAUUGAAUAGAGAUUUAAGAUUUGA